CGGCUCCGAACUCGAUGGUUUUGGAGGCAACGCAGGAUGGGGGAGAAGAUGGCGGAAGAGGAAAGGUUCCCCAACACAACUCAUGAGGGUCUCAAUGUCACCCUUCAGACCACCCUGGUCGUCACGACGAAACUGGUGCUCCCGACCCCUGCCAAGCCCAUCCUCCCCGUGCAGACGGGGGAGCAGGCUCAGCAGGAGGAGCAGUCGAGCGGCAUGACCAUCUUCUUCAGCCUCCUUGUCCUAGCUAUCUGCAUCAUACUGGUGCAUUUACUGAUACGAUACAGACUACAUUUCUUGCCAGAGAGUGUGGCUGUAGUUUCCUUAGGUAUUCUCAUGGGAGCAGUUAUAAAGAUUAUAGAGUUUAAAAAACUGGCAAAUUGGAAGGAAGAAGAAAUGUUUCGUCCAAACAUGUUUUUUCUCCUCUUGCUUCCACCUAUUAUAUUUGAGUCAGGAUAUUCACUGCACAAGGGUAACUUCUUUCAAAAUAUUGGUUCCAUCACCUUGUUUGCUGUUUUUGGUACAGCAAUUUCCGCUUUUGUAGUAGGUGGAGGAAUUUAUUUUCUGGGUCAGGCUGAUGUAAUCUCUAAACUCAACAUGACAGACAGUUUUGCAUUUGGCUCCCUAAUAUCUGCUGUCGAUCCGGUAGCUACAAUUGCUAUUUUCAACGCCCUUCACGUGGACCCAGUACUCAACAUGCUGGUUUUCGGGGAGAGUAUUCUCAACGAUGCUGUCUCUAUUGUCCUGACCAACACAGCUGAAGGCUUAACAAGAAAAAAUAUGUCAGAUGUCAGUGGGUGGCAGACGUUUUUACAAGCCCUUGGCUAUUUCCUCAAAAUGUUCUUUGGCUCAGCAGCUCUCGGCACUCUCACUGGCUUAAUUUCCGCAUUAGUGUUAAAGCACAUUGACUUGAGGAAAACGCCUUCCUUGGAGUUCGGCAUGAUGAUCAUUUUUGCGUACCUUCCUUAUGGGCUUGCAGAAGGAAUCUCCCUCUCGGGCAUCAUGGCCAUCCUGUUCUCCGGCAUUGUCAUGUCCCACUACACGCACCAUAACCUCUCCCCGGUCACCCAGAUCCUCAUGCAGCAAACCCUGCGGACCGUGGCCUUCCUGUGCGAAACGUGUGUGUUUGCAUUUCUUGGACUGUCCAUUUUUAGCUUCCCUCACAAGUUUGAAAUUUCCUUUGUCAUCUGGUGCAUAGUGCUCGUGCUGUUCGGCAGAGCAGUGAACAUCUUCCCCCUUUCGUACCUGCUGAACUUCUUCCGGGAUCAUAAAAUCACACCAAAGAUGAUGUUCAUCAUGUGGUUCAGUGGCCUGCGGGGGGCCAUCCCCUACGCCCUGAGCCUGCACCUGGACCUGGAGCCCAUGGAGAAGCGGCAGCUCAUUGGCACCACCACCAUCAUCAUCGUCCUCUUCACCAUCCUGCUGCUGGGCGGCAGCACCAUGCCCCUCAUCCGCCUCAUGGACAUAGAGGACGCCAAGGUGCGCCGCAGGAACAAGAAGGACGUCAACCUCAGUAAGACGGAGAAGAUGGGCAACACUGUUGAGUCGGAGCACUUGUCAGAGCUCACCGAGGAGGAGUACGAGGCCCACUAUAUCCGGCGGCAGGACCUCAAAGGUUUCAUGUGGCUGGAUGCCAAGUACCUGAACCCCUUCUUCACACGGAGGCUGACCCAGGAGGACCUCCACCACGGGCGUAUCCAGAUGAAAACCCUCACCAACAAGUGGUACGAGGAGGUGCGCCAGGGCCCCUCGGGCUCCGAGGACGACGAGCAGGAGCUGCUCUGA